UUAAUAUGCAAAAAAAACAACCAAAAAGCAAUUAUACCAUAAUUCGUAUAAUAAUUCAAAAAGUAAGACUAUGUACUUAAUUGAUUAUCCCGUGAUGCUCAGUGUUGAACACCUACCUGAGAGAAAUACAUAUUGCACACGUGUGUGGCAUUGUUGCACCCAUUUUCUAUUCUUAGUAAUCCACACAUUGUCAUGUUCUUGAUGUUGUUUUUUCUCUAAAUGCUAUAAUGUCAAAGUUAUUCUCUUUGGAGAGCUGUGGAAUUACAAUGUUCGUAACACAGAACACACUGCUACAACAACAAUAUGGCAAAACAUCUUUUGGGUACGUUCUGAGAAUAUAUUUUUUUUGUCCCGACUUUAAGAAGUAAACCAAAGCAAUGGCUCAAGGGAAGUGACAGUGGUGUACCCUGCUACCAGUGUGGACAUUGUUAUCACUACCCCAAAGUGCUGCGUACGUUCUCUGGCUAUUUCUGGACGUUAUGUGGCUAUAAAAGGCAGCCAAAUGGCAACAACGGACCAGUUUUAGAUUACACACCACACACAUCUGAGAUGAAAGGGAACACCACUCACUCUUUACUUUAUCCCUAAAGACAAUUAGUAGCAGAAACACUUUGUUAGUGUUCUUCCUCAGAGAAGGCACCGGAGCUGUUAUGUAAAGCCACUUGAGACUGGAAUGGAGAGCUCACAACACGGGCAUCUGGGUAAGAGUUCAGCUGUUUUCCGCCGACGGAUCCGGGAGGCCAUGUCGCACGCUUGGACAUAUAAAGCGGGAAUAUUUCAUGUGAAUCCCGCAAUGGAGGAAGGAGCUAAAAGCUCCGCGCAAGAAAGGACAAAUUUCAAGUCGAUGCGCUGCUGGGCGGAUCACGUGGCCCUCCCUCACCCCUCACCUCCGCUCAGUCCGCAGGCUGACAGCACGCGCCGUCGCCCAGCGGCUCCCAUGGAGACCGUUGUUGGUAAACACCCGAGCCCUUCCCAGCAGCGCUGUCACGCCGUCUGUCCCGGUGCCGAGUCCGGCUCGGGUGUCGUCGCAAAUAGGCCGGCGGCAGACUUCAGGGUGCAGAGCCCCAGCGACGCCUCCAGCCUGUUCUCCAGCCGGGCGUCCUCCCGGGAGUCCCUGUUCUCCGACGGCUGGGACCGUGAGCGGAGCUGGUCGGCCAUGCAGCUGUCGGGCGCCGCGUCGCCGCCGCUGACGCCGAGCCGCGCCGUCUCGCCCUGCUCCUCGGCGCGGUCGGGGGCCUUCACCCCCACCGUGCUCCGGGUGCGGAGGCACGCCCUGGCCAGCGGCGCCAGCAUGCUGCACCUGCCCCGGGCCUCCUGCCAGUCGUCCUGCGAGAGCCUGGCCGAGUCCGAGGGGGCCCGCUCCCCGCCGCCGCCGCCCCGCCGCCACCGGCCCCCCCUCACCCGGCUGUCCCUGCUCACGGCCAUCCUGAGGAAGGGCCGUCUCCCCGUGCUGUCCCCCGCCCUGCAGCGACCCUACUCCCCCUGCUGGCCCAUCAACCACAUCACGCUGGCCUCCUGCACCGCCUGCUCGGCCGCCUCCGGCCUGCCCCCCGUGUCCCCCCGGGCCGCCCUGUCCCCGUCGCCGUCGCCGGGCCCCCCCCCCGCCGCAGAGCCCCCGACGCAGAGCCGCUGGGACUGGGACUCCUUCAGGCAGCGGCCCGCCCUGCCCUCGGUGCACCUCCCCGACGGCCGCGCCGCGGGACCCCGCCCGACGGAAACGCCGGCCUCGGAGAGCAGUUAUCGCACGGACAAGCGGCCGGUGUUCCAGACCGUGUUCUCCCGCCCGGUGGCCGGUCCUGCUGCGCUCCGGGCCACAGGAGGAGGGCGGGGGGUCCCUCCGCCGCAAUCAGUGGCGCCCCGGCCCAGAGCCGGGCCGGCUAAUGGAGCUGAUCCCGCCGGACCUGAUGAGGGGACGGAGCCGACACGACCGCCCCCGUCACGCCCCUGUUGCUAUUCCGGAGCCCUCUCCCCCGGCCCAAAGGGGGGUGCUAAUCAGACAGACCCCGGGUCGUCUGCGGACGAGCCCCGGCAGACAAGUCCAGCCAAACAGAAACAGCCCUCGCCCAAAACAACGGCCGCGGGAAACUUCUCGCCUCGGCGGGUGUGCAGUCCCCCGCCGCUGCCUGCCACCGCCAGGCUUGAUUGCAUUUCUCCGCCACCUCGAUCUCUGCAGUCCUGCUUGAAGAAACACCAGCCUUUCGCCUCUCAAACACACUCCCACGAGCCGCCAAAGUAUCCCGCCAAAAAGUCACCGGCGCCGGGCAACACUUCCUUCCCCGGGCCCGGCCCGGUUGAUUCCCCCAGGGACGCGACCUCGCCCGUCCCCGUACCCCGCUCCUCCUGCCUGUCUCCUUCCCGCUACGCUCCCGUCGUCUUCCCCGGAUGGCCGUCGCCCAACGGCUCUCGCAGCUCCACCCCCGACCGCUUCACCCUCUCGCCCUCGCCCGCCUCCCAGGCCCGCGACCUCACCCCCCGCCCGUCCCCGUGCCCGUCGCCCUCGCUGCGCUCCACGCCGUCUCCCAGACCGGGCAGCCGGGGCUCGGACUACACCGACAGGGAGGGAAAUAAGAGGAAGCCACACAAGAUCAAGUCAAGCUACAAGUCUCUGGCUGCCAUCCCCACCAACACCUUAUUGUUGGAUCAGCAGGUGAUAGACAAGGAGGUGGAAGGGGAGGACGUCCCCAGUGGGGCUGGAGGUGUGGACGACCCACACGCCGAGAUGUGCUCCCCUGCCCAGCUCAGACAGGAGUCAGAGGAGCUGUACGCUGUCAUUGAUAAGAUACUGGAAGACGGCGUACCCAAAACUAAGGUCUCCUCGCUCUCGGCUCAGCCGUCCGGAGAGUCCAGCCACCUGGUCACGGGUCUGAAGCAAACGCAGCUCAACUCAACAGGGAGGCCCACGGGGCGAGAGACUAAAUAUGCAACUGUAAGGAGCCCAACGCCAUUAUCCCUGGAAAGAAUCCCGGCAGAAACCCAGACUAAACCUGGAGUCAUUCGACCGAUGAUUGCCAUUCCGAGGCUGCAAGUGGAAGACCGCGCCGGGGCAAACCGAUGCAACCCCUUUGCACGCUAUCUGGUGGACACACCCGCAGCCCCAAGCUCUGUGUCAGAGAUGACGACCCUCAGGUGGAACCAGGAGGACGGCGGUUUGGGUUCAAGAAGCCCACCGCGGAGUGAAGGGGGCAGCCUUGAAGACGUGGGAACGAAGUCGACGUCAGCCCUGUUCAUCCUAGAGUCUGAGGAGCUCCGUCCUCCUCCAGUCAAACCCGCAUCCUGGCAGGGUGCUUCGACCACCUUCAGUCGGGCCGAAGUGCUUCCGGAGGUUUUUGACACCCGUAUUUAAAACACACAUUAUUAAUGGCUGUUUAUACAUGUUCGACUACUACUCCUCUUCGUCCCCUAUGGGACAAGGCUGCUUAUAUAUGUGACUGAGUACAGUUCUAUGAAUAAAGUGCAGAUGAGAAAUAACACAGAAGAGAGAUGGGUGGCACUGUUAAAGGUUAACAGCGCUUCGUAUGGGUAUAUGGAAGGUGAUGUAUGUCGACGCGCUGUUCCCCACGCAAACUCGCAUUCAUCAAACAAUGAAUAAAAAGUUCUUUGAAAGAUAUCUUUUUCUUUGCUACAACAACCCGUUUCGAAUGAUUCAAAUGGAUGGAGGGAAAAGCAGACUGAGGCUGCUGUCUUUUCUGCUUCUGUUUCUAAAGGAAUGGAAUGACCCUGAAGUGUCUAAGUAGGCAGCUAUGAUAAGAGCUGUUCCAAUGCUACGGAAAGGUUCACCAGGUGUGUUCAUACAGACAUACUUAUCUGCAUGUCGGAAUAUAUGAGUAUGAGUGGACAGGAGGGUAAGUGUGUACAUCUGCUAUCGCACAAAGCCUUAUUCUAAGUGUACUUGGAUUCUCUGAGCAAUGCAUUUGUCCUAGCUCAACGUCUUUGCUUGAACUAAUUUCCAUCGAGGUCAUGGAAAAGAGGUUAGGAGAGCACAUGGGUUUGACAAUUUGUUUGACUAUUCGACUGGAGAUAGUUCAGAUAUAACUUGUGUUGCUGUAAAUCUUUUUCCCUUAAGGAAAUCCUGUGUGUGCGUACACCUAAAAUGAAAUCCCUAAUUUGAUGGAGCAGGGAACUUGUGGCUUGUUAACGCAUAACACACAUGAAUAAUACAACAUAGGACAGAGUGGAAGUGCAAAGAGGGUGGGAGACGUCUAAAAUUGAUGGACACAAACCAUCAAAGAGAAUGCAAGAAUGAAAGAGGUUAUUCCACAGCGUCAAAAGUUGCACACAUGGAUUAUCAUUUGAUGUUACACACUCGUGCGCGUGUGUGUUUGUGUUUCUGUGUGUACGUGCGUGCGUGUGUGAUUUCAGGGUGCAUUGGGACGUGUCUGUUGUUGUUCCUCAGAACUCCUCGUCCCUAUUGGGACCCUGAUGAUAUUAGGAAGUGGCUUUCAUUUUGAGGGCAAAAGUUGGUUGAACAAAAUUGCAGGAUUUCCAAUACUUGUCCUUGAUUCUUGAGCUUCGAGAACGGGCACGAUAAAGGACAGAUGCUGAAUUCAGAUUGGGACAGCUGAGCCGGCUCAGCUCUACAAACCAGUCACAUUCUUCAGGCUUUGUAACAAAACCUGCUUGUAAUCUGCGGCCACACAGAGGCGUGAUGUGUAACGUCUGAAGACGUGGUCGUAGAAUUACUUGAUUAACACUUCUUUGGAUACACUGAUGUAUCCUAGGCAACCCAAGACGAUUUGGCGAACGACUGAGCCUCUUUUUGAGGCGAGGCGAAUCUGGUGAUUCACCUCGCACUUCCUGCUAAAUUUCCUGAGGCUUUUCCUUGUUCUGUUCCAAUUGUCCAGAGGCUUAGUCGUAGAAUUACUUGAUUAACACUUGUUUUUCGGAUACACUGAUGUAUCCUGGGCAACCCAAGACGAUUUGGCGAACGACUCAGCCUCUUGUGGAGCUUCUGACAAUUGGAAUAGAACAAGGAAAAACAUCAGGAAAUUUAGCAGGAAGUGCGAGGAGAAUCACCAGACUUUUUUUGGAAUGCAGCCCUGACUGCAUUGGAAGAGAAAUCUAGAAUUUUUAGAUGGGGCUUCAUUUGUAAAACUACCUUUGUACAUUGGGUUUUUGUUUGUGUCUCAAGAAUGCAAAAAAAACAAGACAUCACGGAAACCGGUUAUAACUUGAAAUAAAACAGUUCUAUUCCUAAACCUCCCUAAAAACUGUCUUCUAGUUUCAACAUUGCAUAUUUUCCACAUGUCCCAACCCUCUGUCUUUUAACAGCAACGCACAAAAUUACAUUAACUCACAUUUGACGCUAUCAGACUAAUAUCGUCAAAUGUCAGACACGUGUGUCAAUCAAGCGGCGUUCUGUGCAGCAUGCACUGAGCCAGGUAACACUGCCUUCUACAUGUGACGAGGUGCUCCGAACCACACUAGCAGCCUCUGGGGGGCCUU